AUGGCGCGUUACGAUCCCUUCUCACCUACUUUUGACCAUCCCCUGUUGAAUUCCAGCCCGGAUUACAGUUCGCGGAACGGUUCAUUGCGAUCCAGUCGUCCCAUCGGCGACAUCAGUGCUGUCACAAACCAAAUGUCUUUUCGUGAAAGAAAUAAACGCCUGCGAGGUCUGGAAGACGAGAGAAAUCAACUGAUCGAGGAACUGUUGUAUCAGCUUGAAAGUACCCAGAUCCAACUGGACCGACUGCACCUUGAGAACAGCAGGGAAGCCCAAUAUAACAGAGAAGGCCAUCUGCGAGAAGCCACCCUACAGGAACAACUGGUUCAGGUCAAGGCAAUUAUGGACCGCAAUCCUUUCAUCACCGUCCUCCUCGAUGGCGAUAGCAUGAUUUUCACAAAGGACUUACUAUCAAAAGGUGAAAAAGGUGGUCAAGAGGCAGCAAGAAUGAUUUUUGAUGCCGCCACGGUCUUUGCUGCAGAACAUCUCCACCACCUCGACUCUCCCAAGGUCCUCACGCGAAUUUAUGCCAACGUUAAGGCGCUGUCUGAAAACUUGACGAAACUGAAAAUCAUCGAACGUCCGUCGUUGUUUGACGACUUUAUGCGCGGCAUGAACAGCACUCAACUGUCCCUUGACUUUGUCGACGCUGGAACCCGAACAAACAGCACUAAAGAAAAGGUCUCUGACCAGUUCACCACAAACCUCUAUGAUUGUCAUUGUCACCAAGUCAUUCUUGGAUGUUCUAGUGACAGCCGUUAUGCGAAACUACUGGAAGACACGAUACAAGAUACCUCCGUCCUAAGUCACAUCACCCUGCUGGAAGGUAUACCUUUUGAAAAGGAAAUUGCCACUCUGAAGGACAAUUUCAAGACUGCAAAAUUUGACAAUGUGUUCCGUGCCACGAAACUGUCUACUGCGUGUGCGGUUCCUAAAGGGCCACUGCAGGCAGUCACGGCCACCUUACCCGCCCUCACGCGUGUUGAGUCAAAUGGCACAAACGGAUCGGCCUCAGGUUCAAGCACACCGGCCCUGACUUGGGCUUCAUUGACCGCACAGCCCUCGGCUCCGGCCUCUAAAGCGCCGAGCACCACGCGGACGUCGACACCAACCUCAACGAAAAGUCCCGAUGCUGUGAUCGCAAAACCUGUGAACAAGACGAUUGAGAGGAACCGGCACGGGCUACGCAUCGACAAAAUCGACUCGUCUAUUCCCAACCACGAAAUCCAGCGGAUCAAGAAGCUCAAGCUUUGCAACAUUUUCUACCUCCAGGGCUCAUCGUACUGCACAACCAACAAUUGUUCUCACUCACACACCUAUCCCCUUUCAAAGGGCGAGCGCAAUGUCCUGCGGGAAGUCGCCCGCAUGACUCCCUGCUACUACAAACUGGAAUGUACUGAUCCCGAGUGCAUCUAUGGUCACCGAUGUCCCCAGAACAAGCCAGACGAGUCCGGCUGCUGGUAUGGCGAGGACUGCCGGUUCUUUGGCUGGGGGCACGGGAUCGACACCAGAGUGGUCAAGACGACCAAGGUCUGA